CAUCAGCAACAGGUACCACAAGGGUGCUAGCGGCCUAAGUGUGGCAAGACAACUGUUCUCAAAUGCUUACCAGUUUCUACUCUCUUAACUAAACAAUUGGGCCAAACUUACCCCGCGUUGCAAUAGCUAAUACUUAAACCCGUGCAUAACAAAAGUAUCCUAAAUUUGACAGAGAGAUGGAGUUGUCGGAUAUAUCCUUCCCCAUAACGUCUGCUGAUGACUUUUAUGACGACCCUUGCUUCAACACCAAUGACAUGCAUUUUUUCGAAGACCUGGACCCGAGGCUGGUUCAUGUGGGCUUGCUCAAGUCGGACGACCAUCAUAUCGAGGACGAGCACGUACGGGCGCCAAGCGGGCAUCAUCAGGCGGGCAGGUGCUUACUCUGGGCUUGUAAAGCCUGCAAGAAAAAAACCACCAACUCCGAUCGCAGAAAGGCGGCUACCAUGCGUGAGAGGAGACGCCUCAGCAAAGUCAAUGACGCCUUUGAAACACUAAAGAGGUGCACUUCUAACAACCCCAACCAAAGGCUUCCAAAAGUGGAGAUUCUCAGAAAUGCCAUCAGCUACAUCGAAUCCCUUCAGUCUCUGCUAAGGGGUCAGGAUGACACUUAUUACCCAGUUCUGGAACACUACAACGGAGACGACUCGGACGCAUCCAGUCCCAGAUCCAACUGCUCAGAUGGAAUGAUGGAUUUCAGUGGCCCCACAUGCACGUCCCGGAGGAGAACCUAUGGCAGCUCGUAUUUGGCGGAAACACAAAAUGAUACCCGAACCAAUAAGAAUUCCGUGGUGUCCAGCCUGGACUGCUUGUCCAGCAUCGUGGAGAGGAUCUCGACAGAGACACCAGCUUGUCCCGUGUUAUCAGUCCAGGAGGGGUCCGAGGGAAGUCCCUGCUCUUCCCUGGAGGGAUCUAUCCUGAGCGAGACAGGAACGUCCGAGCCGUCCCCCACCAACUGCGCCCGGCCACCCCAGGACCCUAUCUACCAAAAUCUAUAAAGAUUUGAUCUCAUCGCAGUUACGGUGACAAAGGCAGUGGAGUGAACAGCAACCUUCUGAAAUGAAUGCGACCAUGAGGAGGAGAAAACGGACUGUAGCCUACCCCAACGCUGUGCAUGCAGACUAAAAGAAAACGAAUACAUUCUCUGUUUCGUCUGUAAGAGACGGUGUUCAGUUCCAUGGCGUUCAAGCGACUGGAGGGAAUUGGUUUCUUAAAAAGGCAUUUCAAAGAAUUUCAAUGUGACCAUUAAUAUAAGACUGUUUUUGUACAUAUUUUCCUUCACCAGUUUAUAUAAAUAUAUAUUUUCUUUCCUGUUUUUUUUUCAUGCGAAAAUAGCCCUUUGAAAUAUAGGCUAUGAUAAAUUUAGAGGACCAGUUUUGUAUAUGUGUAAAUAAGAAUUGUUGAAAAGCAUCAAACAAACAAAAAUAACGUAUUUAAUUGUUGGCUGUUUGGGAAGCUUCGUUUGUUGUGUCAGAUUGUUAUACUUUAUAUUUAUACAUCUUAAAAUGAGUGAAUGGAUGUCGACUGAAUAACUAAAAUAAAUUUAUUUAUACAGUAGU